AUGGAUUCAGCACUGAAAUUAAUGGCGCGAAGGAUGGUGUUUCUGCUGCUGAUGCAGCUUCCUGUGUACCAACUGGCCGUGCUGAGUAGUGCCGCAGCAGCAGCAGCAGCAGCAGAAACAACUUCAGGGCCCAUUGCUUUGCCGGGAUGCCCAGGCAAGUGCGGCAACCGGCAAGGCGCGGUGGAUAGUUUUCCUGCUAACAUCACAAUGGUCAUGCCAUAUCGGUUCUCGAACAAGCGCAACAAGUUCACUGCAAUUGGCUGCCACACCCUAGCAUAUAUCGUCGGUCAGAACGGCCAACAGUUUGCUUGCGGGUGCGCCUCAUUCUGCGAUAGCCUCACAAGUCCCCCGAAUGGCUCGUGCUCGGGGAUAGGCUGCUGCCAGACGGCUAUACCCAAGGACGUCGACUACUUUGAGACGCGGUGGGGGUUCCCCACCAAUCUGGCCGCGAACAUCACUCCCUGUCGCUUCGCAAUGCUGGUGGAGGAGGACUCGUACAAUUUCAGUACAUCCGACCUCCUCGGUUUCGUCGACAGAAACCAGAAUGGGGUCCCUGUGGUGCUGGACUGGGCAGCUGGAGAUCUUCCAUGCCAGGCGGCAAAAGGCAGCCCGAACUAUGCAUGUCGCAGCAAGAACAGCUACUGCUAUGACUCCGCCAUCGGCACGAGCUAUCUAUGCAACUGCUCAGAGGGCUACGAGGGUAAUCCCUACCUCGACGGCGGAUGCACAGAUAUCGAUGAGUGCAAUAGUGGAGAUCGGUACCCUUGUCAUGGGACAUGCACCAAUCUUCCGGGGAGUUAUGACUGCACAUGCCCAAAAGGCACUCAAGGAAAUCCAUUAUAUCAAAACUGCACCGAAAUUCCAGAUAAAUUCUCCUUGAAAGACAAAUUGGCUGUAGGUGCUUGUGUCGGUGCUACCAUUGCACUGGCUCUUUGCUUUAUAACAAUUAUAGAGUUGCAGAAGAGACGGCACAUUAGAGAAAAGGCUGCGUAUUUCAAGCAAAACGGAGGCCAAAUACUACACGAAGAGAUGACUAUGAGGAAAGUCGACACCGUCCGCAUAUUUACAGAAAAUGAUCUACGAAAGGCGACCAACAACUUCGACAAGGAUAGACUCCUUGGAUCCGGAGGUCGCGGCAUGGUUUACACGGGGAUCCUGGAGAAUGACAGAGAGGUCGCUGUUAAGAAGCCUAGAAUAGUCGAUGAAAAAAACUACAGAGCACUUACUCAGAAAGGAGCUGCUGAGGAAGACCAAAGAGAAGAAUUUGUGAAUGAAAUAAUUAUUCUUUCCCGGAUCAAUCAUAGGAAUGUGGUUAAGCUGUUGGGUUGUUGCUUUGAGGUUCCCGUGCCGAUGCUGGUCUACGAGUUCAUUUCGAAUGGGACUCUUUUUGACUAUCUACACGGCGAAAACAGUGCAUCACCAAUCCCUCUAGACGCCCGCCUAAAGAUUGCAGCGGACUCCGCUGAAGCACUUGCCUAUCUACAUUCUUCGACCUGUCGACCGAUCAUUCAUGGCGAUGUGAAGUCUCUGAACAUACUAUUAGACGACAACUACGAGGCUAAAGUAUCUGACUUCGGAGCAUCAAAGUUAGUGCCAUUGGACGAGGAUCAAUUUGUCAUGCUUGUUCAACGGAUUCGAGGCUACUUAGAUCCCGAAUGCUUGCACACGCACAAGCUGACGGAUAAAAGCGACGUAUAUAGCUUCGGGGGGGUAGUGCUCUUGGAGCUCAUCACAAGGAAGAAGGCAAUAUAUAUGGACGGCUCGAGUGAGAAGAAAUCCUUGGCAUCGAGUUUUGUUUCAAUGGUAAAUCAAAAUAAGCUGCAGGAUAUCGUAGAUGAUCAAAUUCGAGAGGACGGAGCAAUGGAGGUGCUGCAAGAAGUUGCUGCUAUUGCUGUGCAGUGUCUCCGCACUACGGGCGAAGAGAGGCCGCCGAUGAAGGAUGUUGCAGAAGACCUGCGAAGGUUGAUACGAUUCCAGCAGCAUCCGUGGGGGCAAAAGAAUCCUGAAGAGGCAGAAAGCUUGCUCGGCAGUGAACCGCGGUCAUACAGCAUUGCUUCAGAUGCUAUGAUGUAUCAGAGCCAAGAGGAUAACAUGAUGUUGAAUAUAAAGGGAGGGAGAUGAUCUUCCUGUAAACAAAUCUAUGACUUCAAUUUUCAGUUUUCAG